UUUGUAAUGGUCAGUAAAGCCAAACGUUUGUUACUAUAUUACAAUAGGAGAAUGGUAUUUUAACAGAUAGCAGCUGAUGAUAUCCAUGUGUUUGUAGAUUUUGUGUUACCCACUUACUGUUGAGAGUAAAUAAUAUUAUAUACCGACAUUCAUCUUUGGAGAUCAUUUUUAAUACAAAACUAACGAUUGUUUUCAGUUAACAUUAUAUGACCAAAAUGUUCACGUAACUAUUAUAAUUGUGGUGGGUUACAGACUGAGAGAGCAUCUAUUUAAACAAGAUGAACGUCGUAACAACAAACAGCGAAAUGGAAAUCAUUGACUAUCUAAUCAGCAUAAAUGAUACAGACGCCAUCUUGAUUUAUCUGAACGACAACAAGGCCAGGCUGUAUAUCCCUGUUAUUGUUUUUCUUAUAUUCCUGUCAGUGGUUGGUACCUUUGGAAAUAUUCUCGUUUGCUGUGUAUACUGGAAGAAAGCGUACAAAGCAUCCUCGCAUUACUUCAUACUAACUCUCGCCAUUUUGGAUUUGGUUACAUGUCUAAUCGGAGUUCCAACAGAAAUUUUUGACCUUCGUUACCCAUACGUAUUUUUCUUCCCAAUCGUUUGUAAAAUACUGAGAUUUAUUCAUUCCUCUACAAUAAUCUCGUCUUCAUCAGUUCUGAUAGCUGUAGCUUUUGAUAGAUAUUACCGAAUAUGUCGUCUGGGAAAACAAUUUAGUGUAAGAAAGGCGCGAAUUCUGUGUAUCGUAUCUGUGAUAUUAGGGAUUCUAACUUCGUGGCCUUCUGUGUUACUGUUUGGACAGAAAACAAUUGAACUGGGAAUUCCUGGAGUCUAUGGGGCGGAUUGUUCUACAGAUGAUUCGGUACGAGGAACUAUCUAUCCAACAUUAUAUUAUGGAUUCCUUUUCAAUCUUUUCUUCAUGACAGUCGUGUUCUUCGCCAUCUUGUACACCAAAAUUGGGCUGGAAAUCUGGAGACGAAAGAAGGCGCACAUCAGCGAUAAUUUUGGCAAUUCUGAGACUGUGAAAAACUCCAUAACUAAUACUGUUUCUGAUCCAACAAGUACAGAGAUGUCGUCGGACGUAGACGACAACUGCCAUAUAGGGAAGCACGUAAAAGUCAAGAUUCAGAAACCACGACAGAGAAUGAGGGUUGGUCGGACGACAACGGUUCUAUUUGCAGUAACUCUGGCUUAUAUAUUGAGUUUCCUACCAUAUCUCAUUGUCAUGGUGCUGCGGAGUGUUCUAAAAGACUUUGAAAGUGGUUUGGACGAUAUUGGAGAGGUAAUUUAUAAAUUCUGUGUCAAAUCAUUCUUUAUAAACAAUGCGAUCAAUCCAAUAAUUUACAGUUUUCUAAAUGCAAGUUUCCGAAAGGAUGCCAAACAGUUACUGCGUCGUACAGCACAAGCUUGUUACUGUUGUAGACGAUCUGAACAUUGAUCUAUAGCAGAACUAUAGCAUCUGAUUUAAUAACAGUUUACAUGGUGGAAGAACACCUAUUGGGUUAAUACAUACUUAUGGUAACAUUUAAAUUAGGGAUAUUUUGACUAAUAUGGUAGAAAAUAUCUGUGUCUAUAACAGAUCGGUUGGAAUGAACAUUUAAUGGACAUUUUGUCCCCCCCCCCCCAAAAAAAACAAAAAAACAAUUGGCCCCAGGUCCAAGGAGGACACCCAUUCAUUCGUUGAUACAUUGUGACUAAAAUUAUCGAACGCAUGGUACAUCAGUAACUAUCUGGGUGUUUCCAGUGAUGGAGGUUUGUUACCGUAGUUAUUUUUUCAGACUAAAUCGAACUCGCGUAUUUUUCUUUUUCGAAUAAAAUUUGACUUUAAAUAACACAAGCAUAUUGUCUGUUUUUCUUUUUCCUGUUAAAUCAUUUGAGCAUCUGACACUGAACAAAUCGGUCAUGCUGCUUUGCCCCCAGUUGUAGACAUAUCCAAACAUGUUCGUUAUUUCAUUAUAUUUUGAUCUUUGCUUCGUAUUAUUUAAUCAAAUGAUCUCUACUAUAUAUAUAUCUGUUUGUUUAUGUACAAAGUUUUGUUAAUAAAAAUACUACCAUUUAUGUAUACAUGUAUAUUAAUUACUAUAACUAAUUUGGUGCAUUGUUAUGGUAAUAUUUCUCACCAAUGAUCAUUAUAUUAAAUACAUAUAAAAGUCA